GUAGCUUGUACAGAUGGCACGGGGUUGUACUUUCCCAGGCACACAUCGUCGUUCUGGUUUUCUAAAUCGCUCAGCGAAAGAAGAGGACAGCAAUUGCCCACGAGCUGAGCUCCUGCCCAACACUGUAUUGCUGCGCUCCCGACUAUCUGCAGAUUCUUCGGCACUGGCAACGAACGCAACGAACUAGAGAGAGGAGCAGAUUCGUUGUGCGGCUAUGGCGACUCUGCAGUUUGCAUGCUGCAGACCGGCUCUUAAAAUUGUGGGAUUGUCCGGUGAAUUGGUUAGUUCUAGCUCUAGUUGUAGCUCCGGUCUAGGUCAUCAGGGAACAUCGCGAUGUUUUGAUUUGCGAAGAGUUCAUGGGAAGAGUGUAUGCCGGCGACGGAGAUGUGGAGUGUCGAUCCGUGCUCGCGGGGGUCGAAAACCAGGAGAAAGCGAAAGUAAGCAAGUGCUGGAUGCCUUUUUCUUGGGAAAAGCCUUAGCUGAGACAAUAAAUGAGCGUGUGGGAUCUGCCAUCGGAGAAUUUUUGAGUGAUGUGGGAAGGCAACAAGCAGAACAACAGAAGAAAAUUCGAGAGUUUCAGGACGAGGUUCAGGAGAGGGCUAAAGCAGCCGCUGCCAAAGCAGCACAGAAAGCAAUGGCGGCCGAACAGUCCAAGUCCAUAUCAUCCACUUCGACCGUCUCGCAACCACCUCCAUCAACAUCAUCACUCUCCGAUCCAUCAGAUGCACCUACCACUUCGGCUGCCCCUCCACCGGACUACAUUCCUACUAUGGACGAAGAUGGGGUUAUCACAAUAGAUGAAUAGUUGAUGUCGUCUAGAAAGUGAGUUCUUAACCAACGUAGACAGUAUUCUUGUAAUUUUUAUACGCACAUACAUUGUCACCUCAUUGAAUUAUCUGUAUCAGGGAAUCUUAUACCCGAGGUGUCGUUGAACCUUUCCAGGCUCGUGUACCUACAGUUCGAUUCGACUCUUUACUUCCGCCUGGGCAAUAAAGACUCAUGACGGGGUGUACACUAC